AUGACAGCUGCAGGAAUUCCGAGUACUGUCAUAUUCAAUCUUAAUACAAGACUGACUCUUGCAAUAGCACCACGAAUUAACACGCAAUACACGCUUGACUUUGUCUUGGGACUUGAUGAUUUUGUAGAGGUCGGAAAAUGUCGUAAU